UAUAUAUAUAUAUAUAUAUAUAUUCAACCACCAAGAAGAGAUCAAGUAAGACUCUUGGAUUUUGUGGGAAAAGAUAACAGAACUCAAAAACAAAAAGCUCGAGAGAGAGAUGAGGCCAAAUUGGGAGCUGAAGAAUUGCUGCAACCAUGAACAAGUAGUGUUUCUCGUCACUGUCUCUGUCUGCACUGUUGUCAUUCUUGCGUUAUGGAGAACAGUACUGCUGACACCAUUCAAGCUUGUGACCGUGUUCCUUCAUGAAGCAAGCCAUGCCAUUGCCUGUAAAUUAACUUGUGGACAUGUGGAAGGGAUUCAGGUUCAUGCAGAUGAAGGAGGAACUACUCAAACACGUGGUGGUGUAUACUGGUUUAUCUUGCCAGCUGGAUAUCUUGGUUCAUCCUUUUGGGGGAUGGUUUUGAUACUUGCAUCCACAAAUCUUCUUACAGCAAGAAUUGCAGCAGGAUGUUUUGUUGUUGCUCUGCUUGUUGUGUUGUUGGUAGCAAAAAAUUGGACUCUUCGAGGACUUUGUAUUGGGUUUGUUCUUUUCCUUGGGGUGAUUUGGGUCCUGCAAGAAACAACAAAAAUCCGUAUCCUUCGGUAUAUUAUUCUAUUCAUUGGUGUAAUGAACAGCUUGUUUUCUGUUUAUGAUAUUUAUGAUGAUCUGAUAUCUCGUAGAGUUCAUUCUAGUGAUGCUGAGAAAUUUGCAGAAGUCUGCCCUUGUCCAUGUAAUGGCAUGGGGUGGGGCAUGAUUUGGGGGUUUAUAUCUUUAUUGCUUCUCUGUGGAGCAAUGUACCUUGGUCUUGUGAUAUUGUCUUGAGGUACAUUGCUAAGUAGCAUGACAGAGAAUUCAGGUUCAAAUUGUUUCAUCACUUGGAGGCCUAGACAUCAACUUAUUAGAUAGCAACUCCAUGUUCUUAUCAAUGCCAUCUCAUUUUGUACAGGAGAUGCUUUGAUAAAGUGUCCACUUUAAAAUUUUGAACCUUUAGCGGCUGAAAUUGGUUCAGUUUUAAGCUUUGGCUAUAAUUCAUUGCUUUUACAUUGUUCUAUUUGUU